AUGACGAAAGCAGCGGAAUUUAAAAAGCAUUUUGCGAUUUACCGUCAAUCCCACGAGUUUAUCGCUAGAACGAAGAAAUUUGUGGGUGAAUACGAAGCUGAUUCGCAGCGUGCUCAAAUUUCUGGUCGUUUAGAUGCGCUUAAUACGACUUUUGAUCGAUUUCGCGAUAGUCUUUGUAUUCUGGAACUCUUAUCGGAAGGAAAGGAAGAUGAUCCCAUGGAUUUCGUUCAGGAAAUGGGAGAUUUUGAGGAAGAUUAUUUCACGCUGAAAGGAUUUCUUGAGAAUCAGCUGAAGCCGAAGGAAUUCGUUCAUGAAAAUAGGUCAUCGGAAUCGCGAAUUUUGAAGCUGCCGGACAUUAAGCUUCCGGAAUUCAGCGGAAAUAUUUUGAAAUGGUUUUCCUUUUACGACACGUUCGAAUCGUUGGUCCAUAACAAUCACGAUCUGUCGGACGUCCAGAAAUUUUAUUAUUUAAAGUCGACUUUGCGUGGAGAUGCGUUUAAUUUAAUCGAAAAGAUUUCUGUAACAAGCGAUAACUACUCAGUGGCAUUGAAAGUACUUACGGAUCGGUACCAGAACAAGAACGUGUUGAUUCGAAACCACAUCGAGUCGCUGUUCCUGGUCGAGAAGGUGAAGAAGGAGUGUCCACGACUGCUAACUAGACUGCUAGGAGAUUUCGAAAACAAUUUGGGAAUUCUCGAGAAACUUGGAGAGAAAGUUGACGGAUGGAGUUCAUUGCUAGUGUAUAUGAUCACAUCGCGACUUGAUCAGGCCACAUACCGAGAAUGGCAACGUAUUUCGGAAAAGAAGAGGAUGCCUACAUACGAUGAGUUAGUUGAAUUCUUGAGAAAUUACAUCAUGGAGCUAGAUGCACUGUAUGUAGAUCGGCCUACACAGGAAACAAAAUCAGUUCCACAGAAUGCUGCUGCAACAACGUCGAGUUCCCGGACGCAGUGUCCUGUUUGCGGAAAGGCUCAUCGGUUGUACUAUUGUGAACAAUUCAAGCACAUGUCACUUGACCAACGCACUUCGCUUGUGUCGAACAUCGGAAUCUGCGCCAACUGCCUGUUUGGGCAGCACUCGUCCGCCAACUGCAAGUACGGAUCCUGUCGUGAAUGUGGAGCCAAUCACCACACACUGUUGCACAAUCCCACCGUUGAAACGCCACACGUUUCCCACAAGCAACCGUUCACUACCUCAAACGUCGUCGUUAAAAUCGAUCAGCCCGCCUACGGUCGUAGUCCUCUUCUCGAUUCAAUCCACUCUAUCGUCUCAGCCAAUGCACACUCGGUUAUAUCUCGUCCUGACCACUCUCCUCCCGCUCAAGUUUUUCUCGCAACCGCCGUCGUUAAGGUGUUUGGUCCCAAGGGAAAUUAUUUCCUUGCUCGUGUUCUUCUCGAUAAUGCUUCGCAACCCAAUCUCAUGACUGAGAGAUUUCGUCGUUUGAUCGCAUCGCGCAAGUCGCCACAAACCCUGGAAAUCGCUGGAGUAGGCGGUGAAGUGAACACAGUAGCUAAUUUCUCAACAGUUGCCACCGUUGCCUCGAGGUUCAACAACUUCCGUGUUCCACUCGAAUUCGUAGUGAUGGAGAAGGUGACCAAUGACCUGCCAACUUGGACCGUCGACACUUCUGACUGGGUCAUUCCGGAUAAUAUUCGUUUAGCCGAUCCAUCGUUCGCCACCAGGGGUCCAAUCGACAUCGUCAUCGGGGCGCAGGUGUUCUUCGAGCUUCUUCGCAGAGGACAUUUCAAGAUUGCAGAGGAAAAGCCGAUUCUACAGAACUCGGUAUUCGGAUGGCUGGUCUCGGGCCGGCAUUCUGAAAGAGAUUCCGCCACAGGAACUGUAUCAAGCUGUCACGUGACAACGCUAAACGAACUGGACCAACGAGUGAGCCGAUUUUGGGAACUGGAAACCUGUCAUUCACCAUCGAUCUGGUCAACCGAAGAAAAACUGUGCGAGGAGAAUUUCGUAGCCAAUGUUCGUCGUAAUUCAACCGGACGCUACGUCGUUUCGCUUCCCAAAAAUGCUGAACUCGUCGGUCAACUUGGGAACUCGCUUUCGAUUGCCACUCGUCGCUUCCUCUGCCUGGAAAAACGGUUCCAGCAUAAUCCAGAACUCUUCCACCAAUACAAGGCCUUCAUGGACGAGUACCUCGCUCUAGGUCACAUGAAGUUGGUUAGUUCUGUCGAGGAUAAUCCAGGACGUCACUUCUAUUUGCCACAUCAUGCCGUUCUCAAGCCGGACAGCACCACCACAAACCUGCGAGUGGUUUUCGACGGCUCGUGCAAAACCACUUCGGGUUUUAGCCUCAACGACCUGCUGUUGAAAGGCCCGACCAUACAAGACGACAUGAUUUCAACCAUUCUCCGCUUUCGAACCAAAGCUGUAGUUAUAACAGCGGACAUCACAAAGAUGUACCGUCAAAUUUGGGUGACGGAAGACGACCAGUCAUUACAGCAGAUUCUCUGGCGCGAAUCUCCAUCGCAGCCAAUCCGCACAUAUCAACUCACUACCGUUACUUACGGAACUACGACCGCACCGUUCUUGGCCACACGUUGCUUAAAGCAACUAGCAGACGACGAAGCAGCAAAUUACCCGGCAGCCGCUCCUGUGGUUAGGAAGGGAUUUUACGUAGACGAUUUAAUGUACGGGUUCGAUUCACUGGAUGAAGCUAUAGUCGCAUCGAAGGAAACUUCAGAGAUGCUGAGUUCUGCUGGUUUUCCACUUCGCAAAUGGUCAUCCAAUGAGUCAGUAGUCAUCGAACAAUUUCCAAUUGAAUUUCGCGAGCAAUCUCCGGUGCUUGAGCUCGACCCGUCAGCCCCAAUCAAGGCACUCGGCUUGUUAUGGAAACCCAAAUCCGACGAACUUCUUUUCAAGAUUCCGGAGUGGCCUAAUGAUCCCGUCUCGACCAAGCGCAGCAUACUGUCACACACGUGCAGUCUCUUCGACCCUCUUGGCCUACUUGGCCCCGUCAUCGUCUCCGCCAAGAUCCUGAUAUCGGUACUUUGGCAAAGCAACUUCGGCUGGGAUGAUCCUCUUCCACAGGAGUACCACCAGCGUUGGACAGAGAUUGCUGGACAGCUCUCCAGUCUGCAGCAACUUUCAAUUCCACGCUUCGUUUUAAAGGACAAACCGAUCGCCAUUCAUCUAAUUGGUUUCGCAGACGCUUCACUGCAUGCUUACGGUGCAUGUGUGUAUUUUCGUACCGUUUCGUCGUCCGGUAGUAUCACAGUACAGCUGAUGGCUGCCAAGUCUCGAGUUGCGCCUUCGGAAAGACGCAGGCCAUCCCUUGCACGUCUGGAACUAUGUGCAGCUGUGCUAUUGGCAAAUUUGCAGCAGAAAGUUCUAAACGCAGUAGAGAUCAAGUGUCCGUGUUUUUUGUGGUCUGAUUCGACUAUCACGCUGCAUUGGAUCGAUGGCUCUCCAUCAUCCUGGAAUAUAUUCGUUGCCAACCGGGUGGCAGAGAUUCAACAGCUCACGGAAUCUGCUACUUGGCUCCACGUUCGCACCGAAGAUAAUCCCGCUGACUACAUUUCGCGUGGUCUAACUCCAGUUGCAAUCCUCGACAAUUAUCUGUGGUGGCACGGCCCACAGUGGCUUUCUCAACCGUUCACAGAGUGGCCAAAAACAGCGCAUUCAUGGCGAAAGCAGUCUCCUCCCGAAUCGGACCUGGAACGCAGGAAGGCCCCACUACUUUCGGCCAUGAGUAGCAUCGAGAGGGACAAUUGGCUCUCUGAUUGUUUCGAGAGCUACGAUUCACUCCACAAAGUUCUUCGCGUAUUAGUAUAUUGUCGUCGAUACGCCACCAUCUGCAGAGCCAAGAAGGCGGGUACUUUCCCACCGUACAGUGCUAUAACUCCCGCGGAAAUUCGACAUGUUGAAUUAGCACUCAUUGUUCUUAUGCAACAAGAGCAGUUCCCGGAUGAAUAUAGACGAUUGCAGAACAAGACCCCGAUCAGCAACAAAUCUCCUCUUCGCUAUCUUCGUCCAGUCAUGUUCGAAGGCGAAAAAAUCAUCCGAGUUGGUGGACGAUUAAAAAACGCCCCGAUUCCAUUUGACCGCAAGCAUCCAAUUCUUCUCCCAAAAAAUCACCGUUUCACCGAUCUCGUUUUCCUUGAUGCCCACGAAGCCACUCUCCACGCUGGACCUUCAUAUUUGUUAGCAGCAGUUCGUCGUCGCUUUUGGCCAAUCGACGGCCGUAAUAAGGCACGUUCCACGGUGCAUCAGUGCAUAGUCUGCUUCCGAAAUAGACCCACAUUCGCUCAACAGGCUAUGGCAGACCUGCCGGCAGUUCGUGUGACUCCAUCACGCCCGUUUGCCAACAUCGGAGUGGACUUCAUGGGACCUGUCUACAUCAAACCUCCUCGCAAACAUGAUCCGGUCAAGGCGUACAUCUGCGUGUUCAUCUGCAUGGUAACCAAGGCUGUCCACUUGGAAUUGGUCAUGAGCUUAACUACAGACGCCUUCAUCGCAGCGCUGAUCCGGUUCUGCUCCAGACGUGGCUACCCGCUCAACAUUUACUGCGACAACGCCACUAACUUUGUCGGCGCCAACCGAGCGUUGCAGGAACUCCGAGUGCUAUUUCGCUCUCAGCAGCACCAGAUGGAAGUCGCAGGAUACGCAACCCGUCAAGGAAUCACAUUCCACUUUAUUCCACCACGUUCGCCCUCGUUCGGUGGGCUUUGGGAAGCCUGUGUGAAGUCAGCGAAAAACCACCUCAACCGUGUGACGAUCGACAUCCUUCUCACACAAGAAGAGAUGACAACCAUCAUUAUUCAAAUCGAGGCUUGCCUCAAUUCACGCCCUCUUACCCCAAUUUCCAAUGAUCCCUCUGACCUUGAGCCACUCACUCCUGGCCACUUCCUAAUCGCCAGUCCUUUACAAGCCGUACCCGAACCAGACCUUACCAAACUACCUUCCAAUCGCCUGUCCCGCUGGCAGAACAUGCAGCGUAACUUACAAUCUUUCUGGUCCCGGUGGUAUCUCGAGUACCUUCCUGCACUGCAAAGGGUUCAGAGAUGGCCGGGACCCUCUCCGAAUCUUUCCGUAGGAGACAUGGUACUGGUGCAGGAAGACAACCACCCGCCUACGCAGUGGCCGAUCGCUCGAGUCGUCAAAACGAUAGCUGGUGAUGACAAGCGUGUCCGAGUUGCCGACGUUCUGAUGGGGGACAACAAAAUCUACCGCCGCUCGAUCCGCAAAAUGUGCCCGCUCCCACAGUGCGUUGAUCCUAGCACCCCCACAGAAUCCGAGUGCAAGCCUCCAGCUCGUCAGUGCUCUCCGAACCUUGCUCCCACUAUCGCAGCAUCUCCAGCCAAGCCUGUUCCAGACGAUUGUUCGUACCAAGCAGACGAGUAA